CGCAUCCCACUUCCCUCUGGGGACUGGAAGCAGGAUCCGCGUCCCUGAAAUUGCUAUGCCAGCUGAACUCUCCCGGGCCGUGGGAAUGCACGCCAUCUCCGACCUCCACUCCUCCCUCCCCCUGCGGCUCCUCAACAAGGGGCCCGAGUACCUCCGCAGGCAGCUGGAGGCCGGCAAGCCGGGCAGGAAAAGUGCCGUGGAGAGACUGGCCGCCGAUAAGGCCAAGUACGUAAAGAGCCAGCAGGUCAUCAGCACCAGGCAGGAUCCCGUCAUCGCGCUCAGCUCAGCCUCGGAGAGCAGCAGCGAGACCUGUUCCGUGGAGAGCAAAGCAGCGAGCAGGGAGCCGGGCAGAGCGACGGGCGCGAAGCCCCUGGAGCUGGGCAAGGCGGUGAACUCCUGCCGAGCCCCCCUGCGGCACGGCCCCCCCACCGCCAGGCGCAGCACCAAGAGGCAGAUGCGGCCGGAUUCCCUGGUGAUCUACCGCCAGAAAUGUGAGCUUGGGAGAGGUCAAAGCCAGGACGGCUCACGGGGCAACCUGGUGAGGAGAAUCUUCCAUGGGUCCGUAAAGGAGAAGCAGUUGGUUUCCCCUGAGUUGCCCAGAGUCAUGGAGGACGUCGCAGCCGCCGAGAGCAAUGAGCCUCUCUCAGCAAAAGAUGAUGACCAUGAGCCAAGCGACCAUGGAGCGGUGCAGGCUGUCCCUGUGAGCACUGAGGGGGCAGGGGUGUGUACAGAGGAGCAUGCGAGACCCCCAAAACUGAGUACACCUCCUGAAGAGGUCAAGGAGGUGAAGAGGAGAGGUCUCCAUCGCUCCCAGUCAGACAUUAGCUCUCGCUAUUCCAAGUCCUUUGCUGAGUUUGAAACAUUUUUCAAGUACUGUGGCCUGGAGCAGGAGGUCAUUGAGGAUCUUGGGAGAGAGAACUUCUCCGUGGUGUCCGACAAUGUCUCCUUCAAGAUCCGCAGCAUCAGUGUGGCGACGUCGGAGAGUGAGUUCACGAGGCACAGCGGGGAUGAGGGGCUGCUGGAGGACGAACUCACAGAGCAGGUCCCCAGCAGCACCUCUGUGAUUGAGCGCAACGCUCGGAUAAUCAAAUGGUUGUACACGUGUAAGAAAGCCAAGGAGACCAACAAGGUGAUCCAGGAACUGGCGUGAUGGCUUCAUUCAGCAUGCGUUGGAGCCUGGUGAACUCAAGAAUUGUUGGCUUGGAAGUUGAACAAAACCAGACGCAGGAAGAAACUGUUCCCUCAUCUGGCUUAUGUGUACUUUGUCCAAGUUUAGUAUUUUGUUAUUGCUUCCUACCUUCUCCCCCAUCCCCUGGAAGUCUCACUCUUGUCAAGUCCAAGGGUGUCCAAGACUGCAAUGAAAAGUGGAGAUUGUGAACUGUGCCCCAGCAAGACAUCAGGAAACAAAAGCCCCUGGAAAAGCGAAGAGUGGUGGCAGCUGCCGUCCGCAGUAAUAUUCAGCAUCAGCUCUCUGCCUCAGGAUGUCAUUCCAGGCUGUGACAGAAGGUCUGUUUUGUGCACCCAUCUCUUUCCAACAAUGAAUUUGUCAACGGGGAUGGCGAAAGAAAGUGGGAAUGAAGUGGUGACGACCUCUCAGUCAGGUGUUCCCCUGCAGACUCCACCUGGAAGUCCAAAGUCUCUGCCUUUCCAAGGCUGUUUGAUCAGAGCUCAUCCUGACAUCAUUCACCAUCAUUUGCUUGGCUGGUGAGGACUAGCUCUGGCAGCUCUAUUUCAGAUACUUGGCAAACAUUGUGAACUAAAUCCCUGCCAAACCUCUUUCUCUGGGAGCAUGCAAGCCAAAUUGGUGUGCCUUGUAUCCAUACAGUUUGCUCUGGCUAGUUGGUCGCACAGCUUGCUCAGCCAUUGGGGAAGAACAGCACCAAAUACGUCAGGAGCAUGGUUCCAAGAAACAGGUAUUGAGGGAGGUUUUGCAUUGUUUCUGCCUUGCAGGACGGUACAAUUUGUUUGCGAUGUGUGCCUGACUCUUGACACGGCAAACAUUGCAAGGUUUGGCAGUCAUGCUAUAACACCUUUAGUUUUAGGCAGUGGAUGAGCAGGCUCUUACAGAAUGGCAUCAGGGAACUGUGCCAGGCUAUGUAAAGCCACACUUCUAGUGUGGCUCUGCAGUAGGGCCGUGCAAGGCAGCAUCGCUGCACUGCGAGGCAAGAGGGCAUGUUGGGGCACAGACUGGCCAGGGAAUGUCUGGAUGACACCCAGUGUAGACAACACCUUAUUCAGUGUCAUCAGUAAAAUGCUUCUUUGGGGCUACCUGACUUUAACAUGUUUUAAAAGGUGAUACUUGUAUCAUUAGUGUAGUGAAUAAGGCCUCCGCAGAAACUCACGGAAUUUGCUGCCUCAAACACCCCAAUCUGUCAUUGCUUUCAGAAAAUCAAAGCAUUUCUAUGUGGACAUUACAAACCACAAAACAAUGGGGGGGAAAAAAAAAAAAGCUACUUUCCCUUUCAUUUGCAAUUAUACCCAUCUCUGAAAGUUGCCUGACUGGCAUAAUGUUGACUUCAGUUGUUGGUCCUGCCGAGGUUAAAAGCUUACUUUGUAUUACAAUGGUUGUGGGAGAGUUGCCCUUGAAGAGCUCCUUGAGAUCAGCUAAAUAUCAUCAGAGUUGCAUUUCCAUGGGUUUUAAAUGUACUUUUCAGUCCAGGAUGGUUAGUUCUCAAUUACAGCACUAAUUUGGAAAUGCAUUGUCUUCUGUUUCUAGUGUUAGGUACUAAGGCUUACAUGUCUGAAGUUCUUAAGAUAACUAGAUAACAAUUCCAGAUAAAAUAAUUGUUGAACCCACUUUUCAACUGGGAGAAAACUAAAUAGUUUGUGUGAGCUCCUUUAAACUUAGAAGUUAGUAUAUGUGGAUAUUUUCUUACAAAAUGAAACCUCCAUAUAUAUUUGUUACAUUAUUAUAAAAGGAUGAUUCUCAGAAAACUUCAAGAUGCUGCUAAUAUGAUAAGAUUUAUACACUGAAGGUGCAGGUUUUUAAGGAUCACAGUCUAGGUUUAUUAGUCAUAAUGUGAUGUAUCUGUUCUGUUCAUGCUCCCAGCAAGAUGCUGUACUACAUAUAUAUUUGUAUAUCAGAGCUAAGGAAUGCUUUUCUUUGAAAGCAUGGAUGACUGUAGACAGCUCAGCAGGAAAAAUCUAGUGUCCUGCCAAAGGGGAAGAGAAUUAGUUUCCAAGGAAAUUUUUUGUUUCACUUUCAAACUUCUAUUUGUUGUUGCUCUGUCAGUUGAGCAGCUUUCAAAAGUUAAGAUGAAAGAUGUACUUCUCAUGAGUUUUCAAUAGUAGGAAGGAAUAUGUUUAAUUUGCUCGAAAACACUGAACAUCAGCCUUUCUGAAAAUGGAUGAUGGUUUUAUGGCAGAGAUUAGUGAAAUCAGAACUGUACCCAUUCUGAAUACUUUUUUUAAUCCCUCUUUUUGCCUUUGUGGAUAGUUCAGUAGGGUUCAGGUGACUUUCCACACUAAUGUGGCAAAAUUUCUCUGGCUUUCUUCAAACUCUGUAGGAAUCCCAAACAUUCCCAUUUAUUUCAGAGGUGAUGUGGACCUGUCUUAAGAUCUUUGCCUGAUGAGCUACACAUUCCCUUUAUUUAAUAAUACCUUCUGGGGAAGCUAAUAAUUUACAUUUCCUAUAUGUCAGAAAAAAAAUAGAUGACAGUCUUUCUUUCCCCAGACAUUUUGGGAAUGUGUAAUUCAGUGCUUCUUCCAAAUGAUGAAAGCCUGGGUGUUCAUUCUACUCCCAUCCAUUACUGUUACAUGUAAAGGGUUUUCCUUUCUUCCGCUGGGUCUUUCAGUCAUGUCCUUCAAAAUGAGAAGCAGUUGCUAACUUUAGCCACUCCCUAUUUUCUUGUAAAAAAAAAAAAAAACAAAAAAAAAACAAAAAAAAAAAAACAAAACAAAA